AUGGCCGAUCUUCCGCCAGCAUGGCUCGCGGCAUUCUCACGUCCAUUCACGCACGUUGGGAUCGACUACUUCGGGCCAAUGGAGGUCGUCGUCGGUAGAAGAGUGGAAAAACGAUGGGGAAUGCUCGCAACCUGUUUAACCAUUCGUGCGAUACACAUUGAGCUGGUACACUCACUUAGCACGGACUCAUGCAUCAUGGCUCUACGCAGCUUUAUCGCCCGCCGCGGUUCGCCCAGGAUGAUAUACAGCGACCGUGGGACAAACUUUGUCGGCGCAAGUCGAGAACUACGGAAUGCCGAGUCCGCUAUCAACCAACAGGCGAUAAUGGCAGAGUUCGUCAGCUCCGAAACUAAAUGGUUGUUAAACCCUCCGGCUUCACCGCACAUGGGCGGCAGUUGGGAACGCCUGAUCCGCACUGUUAAAAAGAAUCUGGCCGCCAUCUGCCCGACGAAGAAACCGACCGAUGAAGUACUCCGGAGCCUUCUGACUGAGAUUGAGAACGUAGUGAACUCUCGGCCAUUGACCCACGUUCCGAUCGAUGAUGAAUCGGACCCCGCUCUAACUCCGAACCAUUUCCUGCUCGGUUUCUCGAAUGGAACGAAGCCACUCACUGUAAACGACGACAGCGGCAUCGGGUUGCAUCAAGGCUGGCGUGCAUCGCAAGCGCUAGCCAAUCAAUUUUGGAGGCGCUGGAUAACAGACUACCUGCCAGAGAUCACCCGAAGGACGAAGUGGUUCAUCCAUACGAAACCCGUGGGUGUAGGAGACGUCGUUGUCAUCGUCGAUCCGAAGCUGCCGAGAAACUGUUGGCCGAAGGGAAAGAUCAUCGAGACCUGCAAUUCCAGAGACGGUGAGAUACGGUCAGCCACUGUACGGAUGGCGAAUGGCGUGUACGAGCGGCCUGUAGCCAAGCUUGCUGUGCUGGAUGUUCAGCGCGACGGAAAGUAA